UUUUGUAUCUUCAUCAACACAUGGUCCAAAAGCAAAACAAAUCAGAAUAGAAUUAAUUCUCUGCACCGACAUUUAUUUACUAAAUAAUAAUUUAAUAAAGCGAAGAACACAAAAUGCCUAAAAUAAAAACAGAAAAGAAAACGCGUAUACACCAAGAGGUGCAGAAGCAGGGCAUUGUGUUUAAUAAGGAUUUUGGCCAACAUAUACUAAAAAAUCCUCUCGUCAUACAAAGUAUGUUGGAAAAGGCUGCGCUGCGUAACACAGACACCGUAUUGGAAAUUGGUCCCGGUACCGGUAACAUGACGGUACGCAUGUUAGAACGAGCCAAGAAAGUAAUUGCCUGUGAAAUCGAUACAAGAUUAGCUGCAGAAUUACAAAAACGUGUGCAGGCCACACCGUUACAACCAAAAUUACAAGUACUCAUUGGUGAUUUCCUUAAAGCGGAGUUACCCUUCUUCGAUUUGUGUAUUGCCAACGUGCCUUAUCAAAUCAGUUCGCCGUUGAUUUUCAAAUUACUACUACAUCGACCAAUAUUUCGAUGUGCAGUCCUUAUGUUUCAGCGUGAGUUCGCACAACGUUUGGUAGCCAAACCGGGUGAUAAGCUUUAUUGUCGUUUGAGCAUCAAUACUCAAUUGUUGGCACGCGUCGAUAUGUUAAUGAAAGUUGGUAAAAAUAAUUUCAAACCACCGCCAAAAGUUGAGUCGAGCGUUGUGCGUUUGGAACCAAAGAAUCCACCACCACCAGUUAAUUUCACAGAAUGGGAUGGCCUAACACGUAUUGCAUUUCUAAGGAAAAACAAAACUCUGGGUGCAGCGUUCAAAAUCAAUUCGGUGCUUGAUAUGCUGGAAAAAAAUUACAAAUUGCAUCUAUCGCUGCAUAAUAAACCACUAGAGGCAGAUUUCAACAUGCAAGCCAAAGUCUCAGCCAUACUGCAGAAGUUGGAAAUGGAAAAUUCACGUGCACGUUCAAUGGAUUUGGAUGAUUUUAUGAAAUUGCUGUUAGCUUUCAAUUCCGAAGGCAUACAUUUCAACUAGUGAGCAUUAAAUUAUUUUGUAAAUAAUUGAAUUUAGUUAAUAAGGCGACAAAGCAAUAAAAUACGAAAGAGAUGUGCAUUAUCAAUAAGUAAUUGCUAACUACAUGACUUCGUAACGUUUGACAAAAUAAACAUUUUAAAUGUU